AUGCCAAGAAGAAGGCCGAGGCUGACAAGAAGGCCGAGGCUGACAAGAAGGCUGAAGCUGACAAGAAGGCUGAAGCUGACAAGAAAAAGGCUGACGAAGAUGCCAAGAAGAAGGCCGAGGCUGACAAGAAGGCUGCAGCUGACAAGAAGAAGGCUGACGAAGCUGACAAGAAGAAGGCUGAAGCUGACAAGAAGAAGGCUGACGAGGAUGCCAAGAAAAAAGGCCGAGGCUGACAAGAAGGCUGAAGCUGACAAGAAGGCUGAAGCUGACAAGAAAAAGGCUGACGAAGAUGCCAAGAAGAAAGCCGAGGCUGACAAGAAGAAGGCUGACGAAGAUGACAAGAAGAAAGCUGACGAAGAUGACAAGAUGAAGGCUGAAGCUGACAAGAAGAAGGCUGACGAGGAUGCCAAGAAAAAGGCCGAGGCUGACAAGAAGGCCGAGGCUGACAAGAAGGCUGAAGCUGACAAGAAGAAGGCUGACGAAGCUGACAAGAAGAAGGCUGAAGCUGACAAGAAGAAGGCUGACGAAGACGCCAAGAAGAAGGCCGAGGCUGACAAGAAGGCUGAAGCUGACAAGAAGGCUCAAGCUGACAAGAAGGCUGCAGCUGACAAGAAGAAGGCUGACGAAGCUGACAAGAAGAAGGCUGACGAAGAUGCCAAGAAGAAGGCUGACGAAGAUGCCAAGAAGAAGGCCGAGGCUGACAAGAAGGCUGCAGCUGACAAGAAGAAGGCUGACGAAGCUGACAAGAAGAAGGCUGAAGCUGACAAGAAGAAGGCUGACGAGGAUGCCAAGAAAAAGGCCGAGGCUGACAAGAAGGCUGAAGCUGACAAGAAGGCUGAAGCUGACAAGAAAAAGGCUGACGAAGAUGCCAAGAAGAAGGCCGAGGCUGACAAGAAGGCUGAAGCUGACAAGAAGAAGGCUGACGAAGCUGACAAGAAGAAGGCUGAAGCUGACAAGAAGAAGGCUGACGAAGAUGCCAAGAAGAAGGCCGAGGCUGACAAGAAGGCUGAAGCUGACAAGAAGAAGGCUGACGAAGAUGACAAGAUGAAGGCUGAAGCUGACAAGAAGAAAGCUGACGAGGAUGCCAAGAAAAAGGCCGAGGCUGACAAGAAGGCUGAAGCUGACAAGAAGAAGGCUGACGAAGAUGACAAGAUGAAGGCUGAAGCUGACAAGAAGAAGGCUGACGAGGAUGCCAAGAAAAAGGCCGAGGCUGACAAGAAGGCCGAGGCUGACAAGAAAGCUGAAGCUGACAAGAAGAAGGCUGACGAAGAUGACAAGAUGAAGGCUGAAGCUGACAAGAAGAAGGCUGACGAGGAUGCCAAGAAAAAGGCUGAAGCUGACAAAAAAGCUGAAGCUGACAAGAAAAAGGCUGACGAAGAUGCCAAGAAGAAGGCUGAAGCUGACAAGAAGGCUGAAGCUGACAAGAAGAAGGCUGACGAAGAUGCCAAGAAGAAGGCCGAGGCUGACAAGAAGGCUGAAGCUGACAAGAAGAAGGCUGACGAAGCUGACAAGAAGAAGGCUGAAGCUGACAAGAAGAAGGCUGACGAAGACGCCAAGAAGAAGGCCGAGGCUGACAAGAAGAAGGCUGACGAAGAUGACAAGAAGAAAGCUGACGAAGAUGACAAGAUGAAGGCUGAAGCUGACAAGAAGAAGGCUGACGAGGAUGCCAAGAAAAAGGCCGAGGCUGACAAGAAGGCCGAGGCUGACAAGAAGGCUGAAGCUGACAAGAAGAAGGCUGACGAAGAUGCCAAGAAGGCUGAAGCUGACAAGAAGGCUGAAGCUGACAAGAAGGCUGAAGCUGACAAGAAGAAGGCUGACGAAGAUGCCAAGAAGGCUGAAGCUGACAAGAAGAAGGCUGAAACUGACAAGAAGGCUGAAGCUGACAAGAAGGCUGAAGCUGACAAGAAGGCUCAAGCUGACAAGAAGAAGGCUGACGAGGAUGCCAAGAAGAAGGCUGAAGCUGACAAGAAGGCUGAAGCUGACAAGAAGACUGAAGCUGACAAGAAGAAGGCAGACGAAGAUGCCAAGAAGAAGGCUGAAGCUGACAAGAAGACUGAAGCUGACAAGAAGAAGGCAGACGAAGAUGCCAAGAAGAAGGCUGAAGCUGACAAGAAGACUGAAGCUGACAAGAAGAAGGCAGACGAGGAUGCCAAGAAGAAGGCUGAAGCUGACAAGAAGGCUGAAGCUGACAAGAAGAAGGCUGACGAGGAUGCCAAGAAGAAGGCCGAGGCUGACAAGAAGAAGGCUGAAGCUGACAAGAAGGCUGACGAAGAUGCCAAGAAGAAGGCUGAAGCUGACAAGAAGGCUGAAGCUGACAAGAAGGCUGAAGCUGACAGGAAGAAGGCUGACGAAGAUGCCAAGAAGAAAGCCGAGGCUGAUAAGAAGGUUGAGACUGACAAGGAGAAGGUUAAGGCUGCGAGAAAAGUUGAAGCUAAUAAGAAAAAAGCUGACGUAGCCGUUGGAGCAAACAACGAGCUUGAACAAACUGUUUUGGAAGUUAAAAAAGUAGUAGACGACUUUGUCGAUGCAAAUGGUGCAGAAGAUUUUAUCCCAGAAGUAAACGAAAACGUCUUAAACCAGAUGUUUGGAGAAACUAACACUUCGCUGAAUCGUUUGGCGGAAAAGGAGAAACAGCUGAGAGAUCAAGUGCUAGAAAUGCGUAAAAAACGCUUAGAAGCUAAGCUUGCUCGUACUCAGAAAAUGCUCGAUAACUACGAUAAAACCUCUGAUUUAGGCGGUCUAAAUGACUUAAAGGUAACAAAAGAAAGCAUUGAAAGUGAAAUCGAGUUAAUUGAAAUAGAAUGCCGUACCGCAUUAAGCCCACAGUUCAGCCAAGACGUUUUAUCAUCUAACAGAGACAAAGCCUCAGAUGUUAAUAUUUAUGUGAAUAAUAGAAGUGACAAGAUAAUGAGCUUAGUAGAGAAAGGAGACGUAUUGUCUGAUGAACUACCAAAAAAACAAAAAAUAGAAACAAAAACAGAAAAUAAGGUCGAAGUUGAUAAGAAGGCUGAAGCUGACAAGAAGAAGGCUGACGAAGAUGCCAAGAAGAAGGCUGAAGCUGACAAGAAGAAGUCUGACAAAAAGGCCAAGAAGAAGGCUGAAGCUGACAAGAAGAAAGCCGACGAAGAUGCCAAGAAGAAGGCCGAGGCUGACAAGAAGGCUGAAGCUGACAAGAAGGCUGAGGCUGACAAGAAGGCUGAAACUGACAAGAAGAAGGCUGAAGUUGACAAGAAGAAGGCUGAUGAACAUGCCAAGAAGAAGCCUGAAGUUGGCAAGAAGAAGGAUGAUGAAGAUGCCAAGAAGAAGGCUGAAGCUGGCAAGAAGAAGGCUGAGGAAGAUGCCAAGAAGAAGGCCGAAGUUGGCAAGAAGAAGGAUGAUGAAGAUGCCAAGAAGAAAGCCGAAGCUGACAAGAAGGCUGAAGCUGACAAGAAGGCUGAGGCUGACAAGAAGGCCGAGGCUGACAAGAAGGCUGAAGCUGACAAGAAGGCUGAGGCUGACAAGAAGGCUGAAGCUGACAGGAAGGCUGAAGCUGACAAGGAGAAGGCUGAGGAAGAUGCCAAGAAGAAGGCUGAAGCUGGCAAGAAGAAGGCUGAGGAAGAUGCCAAGAAGAAGGCCGAAGUUGGCAAGAAGAAGGAUGAUGAAGAUGCCAAGAAGAAAGCCGAAGCUGACAAGAAGGCUGAAGCUGACAAGAAGGCUGAGGCUGACAAGAAGGCCGAGGCUGACAAGAAGGCUGAAGCUGACAAGAAGGCUGAAGCUGACAGGAAGGCUGAAGCUGACAAGGAGAAGGCUGAGGAAGAUGCCAAGAAGAAGGUCGAAGCUGACAAGAAGGCUGAAGUUGACAAGAAGAAGGCUGAGGAAGAUGCCAAGAAGAAGGCUGAAGCUGGCAAGAAGAAGGCUGAGGAAGAUGCCAAGAAGAAGGCCGAAGUUGGCAAGAAGAAGGAUGAUGAAGAUGCCAAGAAGAAAGCCGAAGCUGACAAGAAGGCUGAAGCUGACAAGAAGGCUGAGGCUGACAAGAAGGCCGAGGCUGACAAGAAGGCUGAAGCUGACAAGAAGGCUGAGGCUGACAAGAAGGCUGAAGCUGACAGGAAGGCUGAAGCUGACAAGGAGAAGGCUGAGGAAGAUGCCAAGAAGAAGGUCGAAGCUGACAAGAAGGCUGAAGUUGACAAGGAGAAGGCUGAGGAAGAUGCCAAGAAGAAGGCUGAAGCUGGCAAGAAGAAGGCUGACGAAGAUGCCAAGAAGAAGACCGAGGCUGACAAGAAGGCUGAAGCUGACAAGAAGGCUGAAGCUGACAAGAAGGCUGAAGCUGACAAGAAGAAGGCUGAGGAAGAUGCCAAGAAGAAGGUCGAAGCUGACAAGAAGGCUGAAGUUGACAAGAAGAAGGCUGAGGAAGAUGCCAAGAAGAAGGCUGAAGCUGGCAAGAAGAAGGCUGAGGAAGAUGCCAAGAAGAAGGCCGAAGUUGGCAAGAAGAAGGAUGAUGAAGAUGCCAAGAAGAAGGCCGAGGCUGACAAGAAGGCUGAAGCUGACAAGAAGGCUGAGGCUGACAAGAAGGCUGAAGCUGACAAGAAGGCUGAGGCUGACAAGAAGGCUGAAGUUGACAAGAAGAAGGCUGAGGAAGAUGCCAAGAAGAAGGCUGAAGCUGGCAAGAAGAAGGCUGAGGAAGAUGCCAAGAAGAAGGCCGAAGUUGGCAAGAAGAAGGAUGAUGAAGAUGCCAAGAAGAAGGCCGAGGCUGACAAGAAGGCUGAAGCUGACAAGAAGGCUGAGGCUGACAAGAAGGCUGAAGCUGACAAGAAGGCUGAGGCUGACAGGAAGGCUGAAGCUGACAAGGAGAAGGCUGAGGAAGAUGCCAAGAAGAAGGCUGAAGCUGGCAAGAAGAAGGCUGACGAUGAUGCCAAGAAGAAGACCGAGGCAGACAAGAAGGCUGAAGCUGACAAGAAGGCUGAGGCUGACAAGAAGGCUGAAGCUGACAAAAAGAAGGCUGGAGUUGAUAAGAAAAAGAUUGUGACUAGCAAAAAUGAUGAAACUAAUGCGGCGGGUGACCAAGUAACGCCUGCUGUACGUGAAGCUGAAUUUAGUACAGAUGUUGUGUGUAGCUCAGACUUUUCAGCAAAGCCAGCGGAUACAAAUGUGGUAAACCAUGUUGUUGAAAUAAAAGAACAAGCAGAGAAAGAAGCAGAUUUUGAAAUUGAUGAAGUUAGUGCUCGUUUUUCGUUGAAAAAGCGAAGAACCGAGAAGGUCGGCAUCGGAAUCACGUUCAACUUGAAUUUGGAGAUGUCCAACGUGGAAUGUGAGUGCGAGUUCGAGAAGGAUGCAGCUGAGAGUGACGUAGAAGAGGCUUCAAAGGUUGAAGCAAGUGAAUCCUUGUACACAGCCAUCAUGGGUCCUCUGGUGGUCAAUGUUGAAGGCGCAGAAUCUGUGUAUGAGAAGGACCUAUCCAAGGACAAAACAGCUAGACGAAAGACCAAGAAAAAGAAAGUGUUGCCAGUCAACGUUAGCAGAGAGAAGUCGCCGUUUGGUACGUUGAUUUACAUUACAAAAACUGAUUUAAAAAAGACAAAAAUUUCGUUGUUUUUGUAUGCAAAAAUGUUAUUCGUUAGUGCCGCAGACAGUUUUAAAAUUUAGAUAAUAAAAUGAGUUUAAUAAGUAAAAACAAAACAAUCAAUAUGGCGACUUUAGGAACUCAUUACAUGAAUGUCGACAUUGAAAUUGAUGCUGGCGAGGAGACGGGCAGCACUGACGGUAUAAUCGAAAUGGAGAACCUGGAGUACGCCAUGAGUGAGUCUUCCAUCACGAUCGAAGAAGACUUUAUGGACGUCGAUGUGUCGGUCACAGAUUCAGAAGACAAUCGCGAAGACAGUAUCGAAGCAGUUCUCCCCAAGUCUCCUCUGAAAAUGGUAAGAACUUACUUUAAGUAAAAAGAAAUAAUGGUUUUUUGUGUCAAGACUUUACAGUACCUCAAUUUAGAAAAAGUAGCUUUUCUGGAUGAAUUUACUUUAAUUUUUUAUUGAAAAAAGCAUAUUUUACAAAGAUUUUUUAUUGUUCAUACCUUUUUUAUUACAACAUGAAGCUUAAUUAUAUUUUACAAAAACGACACUUUUCAAAAAUCAACCUUUCCAGAGAGCGGACCAACUUAUUACAAUACGAAAAACAGCUGAGGCAGUUCAAGCGGAUGUGGUUGUUGCUGCAGGUGAGUGCGAGAUAAAGAACAGCCGGCCAAGAAAAACAAGACCCUCAGGCUCUCGAGGCGCGCGCGUUCUGUUUUAA